CGACGGUUGAAGAAGCAGGAACACUCUAGCGUAAUUAUAAGAGAAUCCAGAGAUACUUUCUGUCACGGUGAUGGCCACUACUAACGCCCCUCCUUCCUACGUGGCUGCGCCUCAGCCCGUCGGCCAGCAACAACUGGUGACGGUGCAACCCGCUGCCGGCGUUACUUUCGGCACGGUCAACCCACAGCCUCGAAGUGGUAACUGGAAGGGUAUUCUGUGGACAGGAACAAUUCAAGUGGUUUUGGGUUCCUUGACCGUCAUUUUUGGGAUUGCCACCGUGACUGCAUUUAACCGUGUGUACGAUAUCAUUGACAUCGGAUCUCCAAUUUGGUGUGGUAUAUUAUUCUACGUCGUCGCUGGAAUCUUGGGCAUAGUGUCAGGAUGUAAGAAGAAUUCCGGAGUGGCUAUCGGCUACAUGGUCAUGUCCAUCUUGGCUUGUUUGGCGACGUGCUGCGUCAUUGGUUUUAGUGCCGGCAGCAUGUCAACCAUCAAUUCAAGAUGCGUUUACUACGACUACAGUUAUAACUCGUAUGGUAGAUAUCGGUACCGCUGUGAUUUGAAGGCGGCCAUCAAUGGUGUUUAUGCUACACUGAUACUUCUCGCCUUAGCGGAGUUUGUUGUCGCCAUCGUUGGUGCCAGCAUGACCUGCGGUCCACUCUGCAGUGGUGGAUCAGCAACUCAGACUGUGAUCCAAUACCAAGCUCAACCACACCUGGUGGUUGCCACACAACCCCAGGGACCGGCUUUCUACAACAUUCCUGGUCAGCCACAAGUUGCCUACCCAGCCCAGCAGGGGCAGUAUCCGCAAGCUCAAGCGCCCCCAACCGCCUACCCAGCCCAGCAGGGGUAG